AUGAGCUUCACGAAUGAUGAACCCAUCCAUGGAGCUGUCGUCGACAUCGGUGGCAGCAACAUGUAUGAUGAUGUUGCUAAACGACUAGAGGAGACCCUCACGGCGCCGUACUCUUCGACCUCCAAGCCCACCCUUCCUGAUGAGCUCCUUUAUGACGAUGUAGGCUUGCCGAUUUGGAAUGAAAUCAUCUUCACUCCCGAGUUUUACCAAACUCAUGACGAGAUCGCGCUUUUCGAUAAGCACGGUGCCGAUGUUGCAGCACGCUGCCAGGCUGGUGUCACUAUCAUUGAUCUGGGAGCCGGUGACACACGCAAGGUUGGCCACCUCCUUGCUGCUUUCGACAAGGCCAACGUUUCCACCAAGUACCUUGCAUUGGAUAUCUCUCGAUCUUCACUGGACCACAACAUCAAGUAUCUGGUAGAGCAGCAUCCGGACCAUGAGUCUUCGGUAACCUGUGCAGGUAUCUGGGGAACCUUUGGUGAUGGCAUGAGCUACGUGAAGAAGAUCGAGACACCUCGACUCUUCCUCUCGCUCGGAUCGGUACUCUGCAACGAUCCUUGGCCCGAAGCAUUAUCCCAUCUUAAGUUUUGGGCGGACGCUCUUCGAUCCAACGACCUCCUUCUCAUCGGCAUGGAUGGUCACACUCUUCCAGGCAACAAAGACAAGAUUUGGGAUGCCUAUCACUCGUGUGAUGACCUGUACCACAAGUUCUUCCUGAAUGGGUUCAAGCAUGCCAACCGCCUCGCAGGCGAGGAGUGGUUCCAUGAGGAGGAUUGGGAAUUCCUUGCUCAGCUGGAGGAGGAACCUACAACUCGACACCGAUUCUUCUUCCGCGCCAAGAAGGAUGUCAAACUUGAAAAGAUGAACCGUGUCAUCCAGAAAGGAGAGGAACUUGACUGGUUCGAUUCUCACAAGUAUGGAGAGAUCAACGUUCGCCUCAUGUGUUCUAAGGCGGGACUGAGCGUGAUCGAUGUCUGGCAGGCACCUGGCUCUGAGUUUCGUAAGCAGUCCCCUGACCCCACCUCUUAA